AGAGAGAGAGAGAGAGAGAGAUAUCUCACAUAUAUGAAUAUAUAUAUCUCAAUCUCACACACAUACAUCAGAACCCCUUAACCACACUUGGAAAGCCAAUAUGCAUACCAGAGUUGAAGAGUAGGGGGAGAAUAUGUGUGACAAAAGCAUAAAAGGCUUUAUUAACAGUUUUAUUAACUUUUUUUGAGUUGCUUGACCUGUUUUCCUCUGACCUUAUCUUUUGUCUCCCAUACUGUUGUACAUAUUUUACGUUAUUAUUCUAGAUAGCACUGCAAAACCAGAGGCAGCUCAUUUUAGAAAUAUCUGUUAGCAUACUAAACUGAACAGCACAUUUGAAUCAUAACUUGCAGCCAAUAAAAACCUUCCAGAAAUUGGCAGACUCCCGCAAUCUUUGAAGUCUUUCUCUCCAAUUGUAGAAUUCUAUGGGAUAUUAAAACCAAGCUCAGACUUUAGAAGAAAAUUCUAUGAGUGGCACAAAUGAGAAAACAUCUCAGAGCCUUUCAAAACCAUAAAUUAAGGUAUAGUGUUGUGUUUCAAUUAUGGAUGGAGAAUUUAUCUUCACUUCUUAUUCUAAACUGUUCUAAACAGUUAUCAGAAGCUCACUCCCAGGAAUACUGCCUUCCAGAAACACCUUGCACAGGAUGUUGAGAAACAGGAGGUACACAGGAUAAACAAAAGGAGAUCAGAGAAAAAGAAACCAAUAAGGGACCGGGAGAAACAUGAGUAGGAGAAUCAACAAUGGCCAUACAUUAAGAAGGUUCAUGAUGUGUUAAAGUGAUCACAUCCCUGUUUUAGAGCAAGAUUUCUACUGAACUACUUUAUUUAUUUUUUUUUAACUUUUAUUUUAAGUUCAGGGGUGCCUAUGCAAAUUUGUUUUAUAGGUAAACUUGUAACUUCGGAGUUUAUUGUACAGAUUGUUUUGUCACCUAGGUACUAAGCCUAGUACUCAUUAAUUAUUUGCACUGAUCCUCUCCCUCUUUCCACCCUCCACCUCCAAUAGGCACCCGUGUCUGUUGUUCCCCUCUAUGUGUCUCUGUUCUCAUCAUUUAGCUCCCACUUAUAAGUGAGAACAUACGGUAUUUUGUUUUCUGUUUUGCAUUAGUUUUUUAAGGAUAAUGACUGCCAACUGCAUCCAUGUUCCUGCAAAGGACAUGAUCUCAUUUUUUUUUAGUGGCUGCAUAGUAUUCCACAGUUUAUAUGUACUAUAUUUUCUUAAUCCAGUCUCCCAUUGAUGGACAUUUAGGUUGAUUUCAUGUCUUUGUUAUUGUAAAUAGUGCUGCAAUGAACAUAAGACAUAUAUGUGUCUGCAUGAUAGAACAAAUUAUAUUCCUUUGGGUAUAUAUACUCAGCAAGGGAAUUACUCGGCUGAAUGGUAGUUCUGUUUUUAGGUCUUUGUGGAAUCACCACACUGUUUUCCACAAUGGUUGAUCUAAUUGACACUCUCACCAACAGUGUAUAAGCCUUCCUUUUUCAUUGCAACCUUGCCAGCACCUGUUAUUUUUUUUUGACUUUUUAAUAAUUCUGCUAAACUAUCCUAAAGAGAGGCUCUUCUUUCUUUUAAAUGACUCCAAAGGAAGAUGGUUGGCCUCCAUUGGUAACCCAUUAAAGUAGUUAAUAAUUCUUUCUGCUAAGAUUUAGGCAAGUACUCUUAUAGCCAAGUCAAACUUGUUAUGAGUUUAGGUGAACUAGCUUGAUAACCUACACUGGGGUGUACUCAUUCUUAUAUAGGACUAUAGUGAGACAUUAGAUUUUAAGAGAUUGUAAUUUUUUUUAUCCUUAAUUUUCAUAUCUUUAAUCAUCUUGAUUGCUUUUCUCUAAACCCCUCAAAAUUCCCCAUAUACUGAAAGUAUGAACUAGGUUCUCACCUACGAUUAGUUCAGGGUGAAGCUUCUCAUUUUGGAAUUUGCAGGAAAUGUGAAAACAUUGAAGCAGCUUUUAAUUUUUUCCCCUUGUGAAAUAUAUGAUAGGUGAUGUUCACAUGUGUAACAGAAUGUGAAAAUGGAAGUUUCUGAAAAGAUCCAAGGGUACGGUUAAUGUUGCAUUCUAAAGCAGGAGACAGUUUGUAAGUAGAAUUUCCAAAGGAGUAAACUAAAAACUGAUUACAUGAUUUUUGAAUCCCUCACCUACAGAAAGAUCAUGAAAGAAUUAAGAGAGUAGAGAUGAUCUCAAGAUGGACAAGUUUGUUUUUUCUUUUAAAAAAGAGUUGUGCUAAGUCCUGUCUUCACCAAGGUGAGUUGAGAGGGUGCUUAUAUCUUCAUCUCAAGUUAAGAGAAAAGGAUAUUUAAUGGAUGGCAUGGAGAACUUGGUAUGUGCCCUCUGUGGUUAAAGGAACAUAGUAGACCAGUGUCUGAUGAUUAUAAGGAAAAUCUAAGAGACAGAUACCAGUCUGUUAGCUCCUCUGACCCCAGGAGUGAAGGAGAUGUGUCUGUGUUGGUUGGCCUCUUUUUCCAGUGUUUGUUGGGAAAAUACCAAGAGCAUUUUCCAUGGACCAGAUGUAGGACAUACAAGGAAAGACUGGCUUGCAGGAUAUGGUGGCUCCUACCUGUAAUCCCAGCACUUUGGCAGGCUGAGGUGGGCAGAUCUUGAGUUCAGGGGUUCAAGAUCACACUGGCCAACAUGGUGAAACCCCAUCUCUACUAAAAAAUACAAAAAUUAGCUGGGAAUGGUGGCUCGUGCCUGUAAUCCCAGCUACUUAGAAGGCUAAGGUAGGAGAAUUGCUUGAACUGGGACUCGGGAGGUGGAGGUUGCAGUGAGCCGAGAUCGCACCACUGCACUCCAGCCUAAGCUACAGAGCGCGACUCCAUCUCAAACAAACAAACAAAAAAACAAAAAAACUGGCCUGGAGUCUGGGUCUCAAACUGUUAUCGGGGUCUAUUUCUCCUUUUUCCAUCUCUCAGUAUAGCUUUUUGUGUAUUCAAUCUAUUCUCAGGCAGGCCCUCUUUUUGUAAUUAUAAGAGUGUUUUAGCUAAUCCUGCUAGGUUUAAAACCAGUGAAAUAGAGCAAGAUUCUAUAUCGCAUUAUUCUGAUAAUGGAUUGGCUAAUGCUUGCCGCUGAAUGAUGCCUGGGAUGACUUUGGGCUGAGUUGUGUACUUCACCCGUGGUUCUGGGAAGGUUGCCUCAACCAGUCCAUCAGGCCGAGAGUGGGGAAGUAGUAGAUCCCCAGAUGACUAUCAGGGUCAUGUCAGAAGAAGGGGGUGGGAUGCCAGGAAGACUGGCUAUAAAUGUUCUAUAUACCUAGCUUUUCUGUAGCUUUUUCCUUUCUCCCCCUACUACCUCUCAUUAGAAGAUUGAAAGAAUAAGGAAUCUGGGCCUAUAGUCAGCAGAAAAAUCUUUUCCAAGAUUAAAUGUGAGGGCAACUCUAGGAAACAUGAGAUAAGAACGUUUCUAAGAAACUGGACCAGUUAGUGAAGUUGUGGGAAAGUUGAGAAGUUAGGGGGUUCAUGGAUAUUUACUUGGAAGACCUACAGCAGGACUUUAUUGUAAAUCUUUGUGAAGGAGGUGAAUUGACAUUUAAGAUUUACCUUGUCCUUAGCAUUGUAGUCUGCAACGACAGUGUGCUAUGUCUUUGAGCAAAAAUGCCUCUCCAUCUAAACCAUUCCUUUGAUAAUACUCUUUCAUAGCACUCUGUAUUUCCUUUAAUAGUAGGAACACAACUGUUUAAAAUGAUAUAUUGGUGGGGUUAUUUAUAUCUCCCACUAGUCUAUAAAUUCCUUGAGGUCAAGAACCAUAUAAAAUUUGCUCAUUUAUUACCAGCAUUUCACAGAGAUGCUCAAAAAGUGUUUGCUGAAUGAAUGAUGGAAUAAAGAUUUUUCUCUAAGUACUAAAGCAUAAAUUAGGGAAAAGAACUAUAUGCUGCUAUCUGGGAAGAGGGCCUCCUUGCCCUACCAGUCAGUUUGCCCAUCCAGAUGACUCUCUAAUCCGAUGUGGGUCAGGUUGUAUUACCUGUUAUUUAAAGUACUUACUAUAACUCUAUGUGAAGAAUCUGCUUUCAAGAUAUUGCGCAUGUAGAAAAAGAACACUGCCUGGUGUGUAACAUAUAUUUGACAUCCUAAAGGAAGGGAGUUAUUUAUACAAUUAAUAAUCUGGAUCUUUCGUAUGGUCAUAGAAAAGAGUUACAUUUACAUACUAUGUACAUUUUGUGUUUUCAUUUAAAAACACCAUCUUAUUAUAAGUAUAUAAUAACCUUUUUCUCUCAUGUGACACAAUUUUCAUAAUCAUUUAAUGGUUAUGUAACAUCUCAGUGAGUAGACUGUCCAUAAGGCAAUUAAUUAUACUCCUAUUAUUGAAUACUUAGUUGUUUCUAAUUUUUCCAGUGUUGUAGAUAAUGCAGGGAGCAACAGAUCUAUGCAGAGAGAUUUUAUCAUUUCUUAGAUAUUUUUUCUAGAAAGAUUUCCAUAGGAUAUUAUUUCAGACUGCUAGCUUAGUGAGUGCCACCACACUAGUCUAAUUCAGGUUUUUUAAACAUGGGAUAUGCUUUUAGAUCUCCAGACCUUAAUCUGUAUUCUGUCCACUGAGGAUCCUGUUGCAGGCAAAGUCCUAGAACGGUUUUCAUGAUACCAAGCCCUAGCCUGGGCACCUAUUCCAAGGCAAUGAAGAGUUGUUGCCAAUAUAUGGGACAGAAAUUAGAACACUUGAGUUGUCUAAUUUUUUCUCCACUUCUAUAAAUAGUAUUUAAUUUGAAAUUUUCAUAAAAAUAUAAACAUUAUUUUAAAAAGAGUUUAGAUUUACAAAAAAUACAAAGCUAGUACAGAAAGUUCCCAUAUGCCCUGCACCCAGCUUACCCUAUUAUUAACAUAUUAAUGUGGUACAUUGGUUAUAACUAAUGAAACCUAUAUUGUUACAUUAUUAUUAUUUGUCUACUUUUAUCAAUUUUUUACAAUUGAUAUUAUAAGCCUGUUAGUCCAAUAAAGUAAUAUUCAAUUAAUCUUAAAGCCAAAGAAAUGGAAAAAAGGGAAAAGGAAGACCAUGGUAAUAGGCACAGAUGCUUCUUUUUUUAUUUUUUAUUUUUUAUUGCAUUUUAGGUUUUGGGGUACAUGAGCAGAACAUGCAAGACAGUUCCAUAGGUACACACAUGGCAGUGUGUUUUGCUUCCUUUCUCCCCUUCACCCACAUUUGGCAUUUGUCCCCAGGUUAUCCCUCCCCACCUCCCCCUCCCACUAGCCCUCCCCCUUUCCUCGCAAUAGACCCCAGUGUUUAGUACUCCCCUUUCUGUGUCCAUGUGUUCUCAUUUUUCAUCACCCACAUAUGAGUGAGAAUAUGCGGUGUUUCAUUUUCUGUUCUUGUAUCAGUUUGCUGAGGAUGAUGUUCUCCAGAUUCAUCCAUGUCCCUACAAACGACACAAAAUCAUCAUUUCUGAUUGCUGCAUAAUAUUCCAUGGUGUAUAUGUGCCACAUUUUUCCAAUCCAGUCUAUCAUGAAUGGGCAUUUGGGUUGAUUCCAGGUCUUUGCUAUUGUAAACAGUGAUGCAAUGAACAUUCGUGUACAUGUGUCCUUAUAGUAGAACGAUUUAUAGUCCUUUGAAUAUAUACCCAGUAAUGGGAUUGCUGGGUCAAAUGGAAUUUCUAUUUCUAAGGCCUUGAGGAAUCGCCACACUGUCUUCCACAAUGGUUGAACUAAUUUACACUCCCACCAACAGUGUAAAAGUGUUCCUUUUUCUCCACAUCCUCUCCAGCAUCUGUUGUCUCCAGAUUUUUUAAUGAUUGCCAUUCUAACUGGCGUGAGAUGGUAUCUCAGUAUGGUUUUGAUUUGCAUCUCUCUGAUGACCAGUGACGAUGAUAAUUUUUUCAUAUGAUUGUUGGCCUCAUAUAUGUCUUCUUUUGUAAAGUGUCUGUUCAUAUCCUUUGCCUACUUUUGAAUGGGCUUGUUUGUUUUAUUCCUGUAAAUCUGUUUGAGUUCUUUGUAAAUUCUGGAUAUCAGCCCUUUGUCAGAUGGGUAGACUGCGAAAAUUUUUUCCCAUUCUGUUGGUUGCCGAUCCACUCUAGUGACUGUUUCUUUUGCCGUGCAGAAGCUGUGGAGUUUGAUUAGGUCCCAUUUGUCUAUUUUGGCUUUUGUUGCCAAUGCUUUUGGUGUUUUGUUCAUGAAGUCCUUGCCUACUCCUAUGUCCUGGAUAGUUUUGCCUAGAUUUCCUUCUAGGGUUUUUAUCGUCCCAGGUCUUGUGUUUAAGUCUUUAAUCCAUCUGGAGUUAAUUUUAGUGUAAGGUGUCAGGAAGGGGUCCAGUUUCUGCUUUCUGCACAUGGCUAGCCAGUUUUCCCAACACCAUUUGUUAAACAUGGAAUCCUUUCCCCCUUGCUUGUUUUUGUCAGGUUUAUCAAAGAUUGUAUAGUUGUAGAUAUGUUGUGUUGCCUCCAGUGCCUCUGUUUCAUUCCAUUGGUCUAUAUCUCUGUUUUGGUACCAGUACCAUGCUGUUUUGAUUACUGUAGCCUUGUAGUAUGGUUUGAAAUCCGGUAGUGUGAUGCCCCCUGCUGUGUUCUUUUUGCUUAGAAUUGACUUGGCUAUACGGGCUCUCUUUUGGUUCCAUAUGAAGUUCAUGGUGGUUUUUUCCAGUUUUGUGAAGAAAGUCAAUGAUAGCUUGAUGGGGAUAGUGUUGAUUCUGUAAAUUACUUUGGGCAGUAUAGCCAUUUUCACGAUAUUAAUUCUUCCUAACCAUGAACAUGGAAUGUUUCUCCAUCUGUUUGUGUCCUCUUUGAUUUCGUUGAGCAGUGGUUUGUAGUUCUCCUUGAAGAGGUCCCUUACGUUCCUUGUGAGUUGUAUUUCAAGGUAUUUUAUUGUUUUUGUAGCAAUUGUGAAUGGCAGUUCGUUCUUGAUUUGGCUUUCCUUAAGUAUGUUAUUGGUGUAGAGGAAGGCUUGUGAUUUUUGCACAUUGAUUUUAUAUCCUGAGACUUUGCUGAAGUUGCUUAUCAGUUUCAGGAGUUUUUGGGCUGAGGCGAUGGGGUCUUCUAGGUAUACUAUCAUGUUGUCUGCAAGUAGAGACAAUUUGGCUUCCACCUUUCCUAUUUGAAUACCCUUUAUUUCUUUUUCUUGCCUGAUUGCUCUGGCUAGAACUUCCAGUACUAUUUUGAAUAGGAGUGGUGAAAGAGAGCAUCCUUGUCUAGUGCCGGAUUUCAAAGGGAAUGCUUCCAGUUUUUGCCCAUUCAGUAUGAGAUUGGCUGUUGGUUUGUCAUAAAUAGCUUUUAUUACUUUGAGAUAUGUUCCAUAGAUACCGAGUUUAUUGAGGGUUUUUAGCAUAAAGGGCUGUUGAAUUUUGUCAAAUGCCUUCCCUGCGUCAGUUGAGAUAAUCAUGUGGUUUUUGAUUUUUGGUUCUGUUGAUGUGGUGAAUUACGUUGAUAGACUUGCAUAUGUUGAACCAGCCUUGCAUCCCCGGGAUGAAUCCUACUUGAUCAUGAUGAAUAAGUUUUUUGAUUUGCUGUUGCAAUUGGCUGUCCAAUAUUUUAUUGAAGAUUUUUGCAUCUAUGUUCAUCAUGGAUAUUGGCCUGAAUUAUUCUUUUCUUGCUGGGUCUCUGCCGGGUUUUGGUAUGAGGAUGAUGUUGGUCUCAUAAAAUGAUUUGGGAAGGAUUCCCUCUUUUUUGAUUAUUUGGAAUAGUUUUAGAAGGAAUGGUACCAGCUCCUCUUUGUGUGUCUGGUAGAAUUGGACUGUGAACCCGUCUGGACAUGGGCUUUUUUUGUGUGUUAGGCUCUUAAUUGCUGCCUCAACUUCUGACCUUGUUAUUAGUCUAUUCAUAGUUUCAGCUUCCUCCUGGUUUAGGCUUGGGAGGACACAGGAGUCCAGGAAUUUAUCCAUUUCUUCCAGAUUUACUAGUUUAUGUGCAUAGAGUUGUUUGUAAUAUUCUCUGAUGAUGGUUUGAAUUUCUGUGGAAUCUGUGGUUAUUUCCCCUUUAUUAUUUUUAUUGCAUCUAUUUGGUUGUUCUCUCUUUUAUUUUUAAUCAAUCUGGCUGGUGGUCUGUCUAUUUUGUUGAUCUUUUCAAAAAACCAGCUCUUGGAUUUAUUGAUUUUUCGAAGGGUUUUUCAUGUCUCAAUCUCCUUCAUUUCAGCUCUGAUCUUAGUUAUUUCUUGUCUUCUGCUGGGUUUUGAGUUUUUUUGAUCUUGCUCCUCUAGCUCUUUCAAUUUUGACGAUAGGGUGUCAAUUUUGGAUCUCUCCAUUCUCCUCAUAUGGGCACUUAUUGCUAUAUACUUUCCUCUAGAGACUGCUUUAAAUGUGUCCCAGAGAUUCUGGAACAUUGUGUCUUCAUUCUCAUUGGUUUUGAAGAACUUCUUUAUUUCUGUCUUCAUUUCAUGGUUUACCCAGUCAACAUUCAAGAGCCAGUUGUUCAGUUUCCAUGAAGCUGUGCGGUUCUGGGUUGGUUUCUGUAUUCUGAGUUCUAACUUGAUUGCACUAUGGUCUGAGAGGCUGUUUGUUAUGAUUUCAGUUGUUUCGCAUUUGCUGAGCAGUGCUUUACUUCCAAUUAUGUGGUCAAUUUUAGAGUAGGUGUGAUGUGGUGCUGAGAAGAAUGUAUAUUCUGUGGAUUUGGGGUGGAGAGUUCUGUAAAUGUCUAUCACGUUUACUUGCUCCAGGUCUGAGUUCAAGCCCUGGAUAUCCUUGUUGAUUUUCUGUCUGGUUGAUCUGUCUAAUAUUGACAGUGGAGUAUUAAAGUCUCCCACUAUUAUUGUGUGGGAGUCUAAGUCUCUUUGUAAGUCAUUAAGAACUUGCCUUAUGUAUCUGGGUGCUCCUGUGUUGGGUCCAUAUAUGUUUAGGAUCGUUAGCUCUUCUUGUUGUAUCAAUCCUUUUACCGUUAUGUAAUGUACUUCUUUGUCUCUUUUGAUCUUUGUUGCUUUAAAGUCAAUUUUAUCAGAGAUGAGAAUUGCAACUCCUGCUUUUGUUUGCUCUCCAUUUGCUUGGUAAAUCUUCCUCCAUCCCUUUAUUUUGAGCCUUUGCGUAUCCUUGCAUGUGAGAUGGUUUCCUGGAUACAGCACACUGAUGGGUUUUGGCUUUUUAUCCACUUUGCCAGUCUGUGUCUUUUGAUUGGUGCAUUUAGUCCAUUUACAUUUAGGGUUAAUAUUGUUGUGUGUGAAUUUGAUACCGCCAUUUUGAUGCCAAGUGGCUGUUUUGCCCGUUAGUUGUUGUAGAUUCUUCAUUAUGUUGAUGCUCUUUAGCAUUUAGUGUGAAUUUGGAAUGGCUGGUACUGGUUGUUCUUUCUAUGUGUAGUGACUCUUUUAGGAGCUCUUGUAAAGCAGGCCUGGUGGUGACAAAAUCUCUGAGUACUUGCUUGUUCGCAAAGGAUUUUAUUUUUCCUUCACUUCUGAAGCUCAGUUUGGCUGGAUAUGAAAUUCUGGGUUGAAAGUUCUUUUCUUUAAGAAUGUUGAAUAUUGGCCCCCACUCUCUUCUGGCUUGUAGGGUUUCUGCCGAGAGAUCUGCUGUGAGUCUGUUGGGCUUCCCUUUGUGGGUGACCCGACCUUUCUCUCUGGCUGCCCUUAGUAUUUUCUCCUUCAUUUCAACCUUGUUGAAUCUGACGAUUAUGUGCCUUUGGGUUGCUCUUCUUGCGGAAUAUCUUUGUGGUGUUCUCUGUAUUUCCUGCAUUUGAGUGUUGACCUGUCUUGCUAGGUGGGGGAAAUUUUCCUGGAUGAUGUCCUGAAGAGUAUUUUCCAGCUUGGAUUCAUUCUCUUCGUCCCCUUCUUGUACACCUAUCAAACGUAGGUUAGGUCUUUUCACAUAAUCCCACAUUUCUUGGAGACUUUGUUCAUUCCUUUUUGUCCUAUUUUCUCUAAUCUUGGUUUCUUGUUUUAUUUCAUUGAGUUGGUCUUUGACUUCAAAUAUUCUUUCUUCUGCUUGGUCAAUUCGGCUAUUGAAACUUGUGUUUGCUUCGCGAAGUUCUCGUAUUGUGUUUUUCAGCUCCUUUAAUUCAUUCAUAUUCCUCUCUUAGUUAUCCAUUCUUGUUAUCAUUUCCUCAAAUCUUUUCUCAUAUCUUUUUUUAAGUUCCUUAGUUUCUUUGCCUUGAUUUAAUACAUGUUUUUUUUAGCUCACUAAAGUUUCUCAUUAUCCACCUUCUGAAGUCUAAUGCCGUCAUUUCGUUACAGUCAUUCUCCAUCCAGCUUUGUUUCCUUGCUGGUGAGGAGUUUUGGUCCCUUCUAGGAGGCGAGGUGUUCUGGUUUCGGGUGUUUUCCUCCUUUCUGCGCUGGUUUCUUCCCAUCUUUGUGGAUUUAUCCACUUGUCGUCUUUGUAGUUGCUGACUUUUUUAUUCGGUCUCUGAGUGGACACCGAGAUUGUUGAUGAUGAAGUAUUUCUGUUACUUGGUUUUCCUUCUACCAGUCUAGCCCCUUCGCUGUACGACUGCUGAGGUCCACUCCAGGCCCUGCUUGUCUGGGGUGCACCUAUAGCAGGUGCGGAACAGUCAGGGAUGCUACCAGUUUCUUUUUCUGCUAUCUUUGUCCCAGGAUGAUGCCUGCCAAAUGUCAAUCUUUUGGAUAUAGAGGUGUCAGGGAGCUGCUUGAGGAGACAGUCUGUACUUUAUAGGAGCUCAAUUGCUGAGCUGUGAGCUCUGUUGUUCAUUCAGGGCUUUUAGGCUGCUAUGUUUGAUUCUGCUGCAACAGAGCUCAUUAAAAAAACCCUUUUUUUCUCCAAUGCUCUGUCUUGGGGGGUUCGGGCUUUAUUUUUGGAUGUUUGUUUAGGUGUCCUGCCCAGCUAGGAGGCAGUCUAUUCACUGUUUGCCUGCCGAGGCUCUGCCCUGCUGUUGUGUGGUUCGCCCUGUUGCUGCAGACUCUGUUCUGCUGCUGCGUUCUCCACCAUGGGCUACGCCCUGCGACGGAGUCUCUCUGUUGUAGCGGGUUGCCUUGGCAACGGCAGGGUGCAUCAGCAGUGGGCGUGUAUCACAGUAGGGGCGGGUUGCCUUGGCAACGGUACGCUGCAUCAGCAGUGGGCACGUAUCUCAGUAGGGGCGGCUUGCCUUUGUAAUGGUGGACGCCCCUCCCCGACAGAGCGUCUCAGGGACCGUCUGCACGGGGAGCGUUUGGAAUCGCGGUUUUGUUCGUCCCACUGGGCUACCCCAAACGCUGUGUCCCUGCAAUUUCCUGGGCUUGCCCACUUUCUGAGUCUUGUUCAAUCUCAAGUCCAGCCCUCUCAAGUCUCAGGUUGCCGGUUCAACAGGGCACCUGGACAAGCGCGUCCUGUGGGGAGCGUUGGGUAGGGCCGGCCAUGCCACCCCGGCUGCCGGCUUCUCCAGGCGGUAUGUCUGCCUGGCGUCCCGCAUCUCUUUUAUACUUCGGAAUUUUUUCGUUCUGUGGGCAACAAAGAUCAAUCUGGAAAUGCAGCUCUGACUCACCUCUUUGCGGAUUCAAUGAGAGCUUCAAUCCUGGGUUGUUCUCACAGCACCAUCUUGAGUCCUCCUAUUUUUCUUUUUUUAAAAAAAUUUAUUUAUUUUACUUUAGGUGCAUACUAUAUCUGGCAUUUCUCCUUAUGUUAUCCCUCCCACCCUCCCCUUCCUCCCCACCCCCUGCUGUCUCUCCCCUACCCCUGCAACUGCCCCCAGUGUGUGAUGCUCCUCUCCCUGGGUCCACCUGUUCUCGUUGUUCAACACCCACCUAUGAGUGAGAACAUACGGUGUUUGGCUUUCUGUUCUUGUGUCAGUUUGCUGAGAAUGAUGGUUUCCAGAUUCAUCCAAGGCCCUACAAAGGGCAUGAAUUAAUUGUUUUUUAUGGCUGCGUAGUGUUACAUGGUGUAUAUUUAUCACAUUUUCUUUGUUAAGUCUAUCAUUGAUGGGCAUAUGGGUUGGUUCCAGGUCUUUGCUAUUGUACACAGGGCUGCAAUGAACAUACGUGUGCAUGUGUCUUUAUAGUAGAACGAUUUAUAGUUUUUUGUGUAUAUACCCAGUAAUGGGAUUGCUGGGUCAAAUGGAAUUUUCAUUUCUAGAUCCUUGAGAAAUCACCACACUGCCUUCCACAGUGGUUGAACUAAUUUACACUCCCACCAACUGUAUAAAAGUGUUCCUAUUUUUCCACAUCCUUUCCAGCAUCUGUUGUCUCCAUAUUUUUUAAUGAUCACCGUUCUAACUGGUGUGAGAUGAUAUCUCAAUGUGGUUUCGAUUUGCAUUUCUCUAAUUACCAGUGAUGUUGAACAUUUUUUAUGUUUGUUGGCCUCAUAUGUCUUAUUUUGAAAAGUGUCUGUUCAUAUUUUUUGCCCACUUUUUUUUAUGACAUUGUUUGUUUUUUUCUUGUAUAUCUGUUUUAGUUCUUUGUAGAUUCUGGAUAUUAGCCCUUUGUCAGAUGGGUAGAUUGCAAAUAUUUUUUCCUGUUCUGUUGGUUGCCAAUUCACUCUAAUGAUGGUUUCUUUUGCUGUAUAGAAGCUCGGGAGUUUAAUUAGAUUCCAUUUGUCUAUCUGGGCUUUUAUUGCCAUUGCUUUUGGUGUUUUAGUCAUGAAGUCCUUGCCUAUGCCUAUGUCCUGAAUAGUAUUGCAUAGGUUUUCUUCUAGUGUUUUUAUGGUGUUAGGUUUUAUGUUUGAAUCUUUAAUCCAUUUGGAGUUAAUUUUAGUAUAAGGUGACAGGUAGGGGUCCAGUUUCUGCUUUCUGCAAAUUGCUAGCCUGUUUUUCCAACACCAUUUAUUAAACAUGGAGUUGUUUUCUCAUUGCUUGUUUUUGCUGGAUUUGUCAAAGAUCAGAAGGUUGUAGAUGUGUGAUGUUUCUUCUGGGGUCUCUGUUCUAUUCCAUUGGUCUAUGUCUUUGUUUUGGUACCAGUACCAUGCUGUUUUGAUUACUGUAGCCUUGCAGUAUAAUUUGAAGUCAGGCAGUGUGAUGCCUCUGGAUUUGUUCUUUUGCUUAGGAUUGUCUUGGGUAUGUGGGCUCUCUUGUAAUUCCAUAUGAAGUUCAUGGUGGUUUUUUCCAGUUCUGUGAAGGUCUUGGUAGCUUCAUGGGGAUAGCAUUGAAUCUAUAGAUUACUUUGGGCAGUAUGGCCAUUUUCACCCUAUUGAUUCUUCCUAACCAUGAGCAUGGAAUGUUUUUCCAUCUGUUUGUGUCCUCUCUUAUUUUGUUGAGCACUGGUUUGUAGUUCUCCUUGAAGAGGUUCUUUACAUCCUUUGUUAAUUGUAUUCCUAGGUAUUUUAUUCCCUUUGUAGCAAUUGUGAAUGGGAGUUCCCUCUUGAUUUGGCUCCCUGUUUGUCUGUUAUUGGUAUAUAGGAAUUCUUAUGAUUUCUGCACACUGAUUUUGUAUCCUGAGACUUUUCUGAAGUUGCUUAUCAGUAUGAGAAGAUUUUGGGCUGAGACAAUGGGGUCUUCUAGAUAUACAAUCAUGUUGUCUGCAAAUAGAGACAGUUUGACUUUUUCCUUUCCUAAUUGAAUACCCUUUAUUUCUCUUUCUUGCCUGAUUGAUCUGGCUAGAACUUCUAAUACUACAUUGAAUAGGAAUGGUGAGAGAGGGCAUCCUUGUGUAGUGCCUGAUUUCAAAGAGAAUUCUUCCACCUUUUGCCCGUUUUUUAUGAUAAUGGCUGUAGGUUUGUCAUAUAUAGCUUUUAUUAUUUUAUGAUACUUUCUGUCAAUACCUAGUUUAUUGAGAGUUUUUAGCAUGAAAGCUGUUGAAUUUUAUUGAAGGCCUUUUCUGUAUCUAUUGAGAUAAUCAUGUGGUUUUUGUCUUUGGUUCUGUUUAUGUGGUGAAUUAAGUUUAUAGACUUGUGUAUGUUGAAACAGCCUUGCAUCCCUGGGGUGAAGCCUACUUGGUCAUGAAGGAUAAGCUUCUUGAUGUGCUGUUGCAAUUUGUUUGCCAGUAUUUUAUUGAAGAUUUUUGCAUCUAUGUUUAUCAUGGAUAUUGGCCUGAAGUUUUCUUUUUCAGUUGAGUCUCUGUCUGGUUUUGGUAUCAGGAUGAUGUUGGUCUCAUAAAAUGAGUUAGGGAGGAUUCCCUCCUUUUGUGUUGUUUCAUACAUUUUCAAAAGGAAUAGAACUGGCUCCUCUUUGGAUGUCUGGUAGAAUUCGGCUGUGAACCUGUCUGGAUCUGGACUUUUUUUGGUUGGUAGGCUAUUGAUUGCAGCCUCUACUUCAGCCCUUGUUAUUGGUCUAGUCAGGGUUUCAACUUCCUCCUGGUUUAGUCUUGGUAGAGUACAAGUGUCUAGGAAUUUAUCUAUUUCUUCCUGGUUUACUGGUUUAUUUGAGUAGAGCUGUUUGUAGUAAUCUCUGACGGUAGUUUGUAUUUCUGUUGGAUCAGUGCUGAUAUCCCCUUUAUCAUUUUUUAUUGCAUCAUUUUGAUUCUUCUCCCUUUUUUAAAUUAAUCUGGCUAGUGGUCUAUUUUGUUGAUCUUUUUAGAAAAACAGAUCCUGGAUUUAUUGAUAUUUUGAAGGACUUUUUGUGUCUCUAUCUCCUUCAGUUCUGCUGUGAUCUUAGUUAUUUCUUGUCUUCUGCUAGCGUUUGAGUUUCUAGCUCUUUCAAUUUUGACAAUAGGGUGUUGAUUUUAGAUCUUUCCUCUCUUCUCUGGUGGGCAUUUAUUGCUUUUAAAUUUCCCUCUAGACACUACUUUAAAGGUGUCCCAGAGAUUCUGGUAAGUUGUGUCUUCAUUCUGGUUGGUUUUGAAGAACAUCUUUAUUUUUGCCUUUGUUUCAUUGUUUAUCCAAUUGAUACUUGGAAGCAAAUUGUUCAGUUUCCCGGUGCUUGUGCAGGUUUGAGUGUGUUUCUUGAUCCUGGGUUCAAAUCUGACUGUGCUGUGGUCUGAUAGACUAUUUGUUAUGAUUUCUGUUCUUUUGCAUUUGCUGAGGAGUAAUUUGCUUUCAAUGAUAUGGUCAAUUUUAGAAAGUACAAUGUGAUGCUGAGAAAAAUGUAUAUUCUAUGGAUUUGGGGUGAAGCAUUCUGUAUAUGUCUAUUAGGUCUGCUUGGUCCAGCUCUGCAUUCAAGUCCUGGAUAUCCUUGUUUAUUUUCUGUCUAAUUGAUCUAUCUAAUAUUGACAGAUAGAGUGCUGAAGUCUCCCACAAUUAUUGUGUGGGCGUCUGAAUCUCAUUUUAGGUUGUUAAGAACUUGCUUUAUGUAUCUCAGUGCUCCUGUGUUGGGGGUAUAUAUAUUUAGGAUAGUUAGUUCUCCCUGUUGGAUUGAUCCUUUUACCAUUAUGUAGUGUCCUUCUUUGUGUCUUUUGUUCUGUGUUGGUUUGCAGUCCAUUUUAUCAGAGACUAGGAUUGCAACCUCUGCUUUUUUUUGUUCUCCAUUUGCUUGGUAAAUCUUCUUUCAUGUCUUUAUUUUGAGUCUGUGUGUGUCUUUGUAUGUCUAAUGGUUUCCUGAAUACAGCGCACCAUUGGGUUCUGACUUUUCAUCCAGUUUGCCAGUCUGUGUCUUUUGAUUGGGGCAUUUAGGCCAUUUACAUUCAAUGUUAAUAUUGUUAUGUGUGAAUUUGAUCCUGCCAUUUUGUAACUGGCUGGUUUUCUUUCCCAUUAGUUGACUCAUUUUCUUCAUUGCAUUUUUGGUCAUUGCCAACUGGUUCGCUUUUGCAGUGACUGGUACUUGUUCCCUUCUGUGCUUAGUGUUUCUUUCAGGAGCUCUUGUAGGGCAGGUCUGGUGGUGACGAAAUCUCUCAAUAAUGCUUGUCUGCAAAGGAUUUUAUUUCUCCUUCACGUUUGAAGCUUAGUUUGGCUGGAUAUGAGAUUCUGGGUUGAAAGUUCUUUUCUUUAAGCAUGUGGAAUAUUGGCCCCCACUCUCUUCUGGCUUGUAGGGUUUCUGCCAAGAAAUGUGCUGUGAGUCUGAUUGGCUUCCCUUUGUGGGUGACCUGACCUUUCUCUCUGACUGCCCUUAGCAUUUUUUCCUUCUUUUCAACCUUGGUGAAUCUGAUGAUUAUGUGCCUUGGGCUUGCUCUUCUUGAGGAAUAUCUUUGUGGAGUUCUCUGUAUUUCUUGAAUUUGAAAUUUGGACUGUCUUGCUAGGCUUGGGAAGUUCUCCUGGAUAAUAUCCUGGAGCGUGUUUUCCAGCUUGGAUUUAUUCUUCCCAUCAUAUUCAGGUACACCAAUCAAGCGUAGAUUAGGUCUUUUUAUAUAAUCCGAUAUUUCUUGGAGGCUUUGUUCAUUUAUUUUCACUCUUUUUUCUUGCCUUCUGUUUUUAUUUCAUUGAGUUGAUCUUCAGUCUCUGAUAUCCUUUCUUCUGCUUGUCGAUUCAGCUAUUAAAACUUGUGUUUGCUUCACAUAGUUCUCAUGCUGUGUUUUUCAACUCCAUCAAGUCGUUUAUGUUCUUCUCUAAGCUCGUUAUUCUAGUUAACAUUUUGUCUAACCUUUUUUCAAGGUUUUUGGUUUCUUUGCAUUGAGUUAGAACGUGUUCCUUUAGCUCAGAAAAAUUUGUUAUUAUUCACCUUCUGAAGACUGUUUCUGUCAGUUCGUUGCACUCCCUGGUCAAGUUGUGUUCCUGUGUUGUUGAGGAGUUGUGUGAUCCCUUGAAGGAGAAGAGGUGUUCUGGUCUUUGAUGGUUUCAUCUUUUUUGCACUGUUUUUUUCCCAUCUUUGUGGAUUACAUGGCUAUGAUGUCAGGGAGGUGCUUGAUGAGGUUGCCUGUCUGCCUGCGGAGGUGCCAUAGGGUUUCUAGGGAGUCCUUCAGCUUAGUAGGGAAGCUUCCUGUGUCUUUUUUGUUUAUACUGGGAGAUUAGGCCUACCUCUUUCACUGACCUGUAGGCGCUGCUGUGUUGUCAAGAACACCAUCCCAUUGCUAUGUAGGCUUCCUGCAUUUUUUGUUUAAACAUGUAGCCCUAUUCCAUUCCUCUAGUGGUGGGUUGUGCCCUUCCUCCACUGGGCUAGGUCAUUCAGGGUUCAUCUCAGACUGUGGCACUGGCUGCGCAACCCACUAGAAUCAGGGCUUCAGCCCUCUGGGGCUUGUGGGGAAGAGUAGGGACCCGCCCUGCCGCACCCGGCCAUCUCCCACUUACAGCUUCUUUUCUCUCUGUUCAUGGGGUAGGGGACCCGCCCAGCUGCUCCUGCUUACAGCUCCCUCUGUCUCCGGGAGGGGGAGGGGGUGAUAGUUCAGUCUGCAGGCUCUUACUCAUCUUGGUACUUGUAAUUCCAGGCACUUCACUGGCAAAGAUCCCCUGUUCUGUGUAUUGCUGAGGCUUUGGGGGAAGCACUAUAUCUGGUCUGGAGCGCCAGAGGGGGGAGCCUCCGACUCGCUGAUCAGAUGCGCUUUCUGGAUGAAGUAGCAUCCCUCUCGGCCUGGCCUCAGUCUGUCCUGAGUUGGCUUUGCUCACCGUCACACCAGACCCAUUGUAAUGCACCUGGUACCUCGGUUGGAGCUAGGAGAUCUCUGGAUUUCUGCAUCUCUCUCUCGCUGGGUGUUUGUGCUGGAGUUGUGUCUAAUCGCCCAUCUUGUAUCUUCUUCCCACACAGAUGUUUCUUAAGAAGAUCAGAGAAGUAGUUCUUGCCUGUAUUUCUACUUUUUGUUUAUUUAAGGCAAUGUGUAAGAUCAUGUACCAAAUGGCAGGAUUUGGAACCAUUCUACUUUUUAGGAAAAUAAUUUUAACUUUUAUUUUAGAUUUGGGGUGUAUAUGCAGGUUUGUUACAUGGGUAUAUUGUGUGAUGUUGAGGUUUGAGAUAUGAAUGAUCCUGCCACUCAGGUACUGAGCAUAGUACCCAACAGAUAGUUUUUCAGCCCUUGCUCCUCUCUAAUACUCCCCCAGAUAGUUUUUCAGCCCUUGCUUUUCUCUAAUACUCCCCAGCAUGUGUUGUUCCCAUUUUUAUGUCAAUGCUUAGCUCCAACCAAUAAGUGAGAAAGAACAUGAGGUAUUUGGUUUUCCAUUUCUGUAUUAAUUUGCUUAGGAUAAUGGCCUGCAAUUGCACCAUGUUGCUGCAAAGGAUAUGAUUUCAUUCUUUUUUUGUGGCUGGGUAACAUUCUAUGGCGUGUUAUACACAUUAUCUUUGUCCAGUCUACUAUUGAUGGGCACCUAGAUUGAUUCCAUGUCUUUGCCAUUGUGAAUGGUGCUGUGAUAAACAUAAGUGCAUAUAUAUUUUUUCAUAGAAUGAUUUAUUUUUCUUUGGGUAUAUACCCAGUAAUGGAAUGAAGCAUUCUAUUUUUAAGAUAUUUCCAUUAGCAAUUACUUACUAUAUUUUUUAAUAUUGCUGGGAACUGAUUAGUAUGUUUUCUAAAAUAUUACUGUUUUUUUCCAUCUUGUAAUUUGCUCCAAUUCUGCUAAAAGUCUUUUUUUAAUAAAUUAAUUUUGAAUUGAAAAUAUUUAAAAAUAACUUGUUCUAACCUUUUUUUCCAGCUAUAAUCUUUAGAAGUUACUGCCAAACUGACUUGCAAUCCUUCUCAGGCUAUCCUUUUCUACCUCUUAACUAGUUUCCUAAUCACCUCUCCAGGGAGCACUCUACUGACUGAGGAUACUGUUUUAAGAUUGCAGCCCUAAAAAAUUGAGAAGAUGAAGGUUACCCUUCUCACUUUUCCUUUCCACUUUCAUUUUCCUUUAUCUCUUCUUUGAGUUCUUCAAACCCCUAAUGUGGUCCGCAACCUCUAUGAUGGCUCCCAAGGAUUCCUGUCUCCUGGUAUUUAUCAUAGUUUUAUGUAAUUCCCUCCGCCUAAGUAACCUGCUUCUAACUCACAGAAUAUGACAACGUUGGGGUCAUUUCAUUUCUGUAAUUAGGUUAUAAAAUAUUGUGACUUCCUAGCAGACUUUCUCUUUCUUGCUAGCUUUGAUGAAAUAAACUGCCAUGGUGUAGAGGUCCACUUGGCAAGGAACUAAGGGUGGGCUCUGGACAGCAGCCUGAAAGUAAUUGAGGCCCUCAGUAAAACACUAAAGCAACUGAAUCCUGCUAAUAACCCCUUAAUUGAGUUUGAGAUUGGAUUUUUCCUCAGUUGAACUUUCAGUUGAUACCCCAGCCCUUGCCAGUAGUUUGAUUACAGCCUCAUGAGAGACCAUGAAGCAGAUGAUCAUGUUUAGAUUCCUGACUCACAGAAACUGUUGUUCUAAGCUGUUAAAUUUUUGGAUAAAUUUUUUUUACACAAUAAUAGAUAAUAUAACAAGCUUACUUCCAUUCCAAAGGAUGUGCUGAGUCAGUAACAAGUUACUCUUGGAUAUCUAUUAUAUUGCUUAAGAUAACAGAAAUAGAUAUUAGUUAUAAAAAUUGUGGCAUGAUGGCUUCUGAAUGGAGAAGGUAUUUUUAGUGACUUAGAAUGUUAAAAUAGUAAGAGAUCCCAGAGAUGAUCUGUUUAAUGUUUCUCUUGGGAUGUUCCAGAGAAAACAGAACUCCUGAAUUUUUCUCUAAAAUUGGUUUUACUCCCAGACUUCUUAAUUUUUUUGAAAGGCAUUCCCUGACACUCAGCUGAUGAGCCUGAAAGGCCAAGAAUUUAGGAGCCAGCCUUGAUUCCCUCCUCUUGUCCCCACUUCUCAACCUGUGGGAUCACCAAUCAGCUGAUUGGUUCUGUCUUCAAAACAUGCCUGAAAUCUGUCUGCCUUUACUCAUUGCCACCACAUUAGUCUAAUUGGCCUCAUCUCACUUAGAAUUGCUAACACAGUUAAGAUGUCCACAACUUAAUCCUUAGAAUCUGAGAAUAUGUUAUCUUACAUGGCAAAAGGGAUUUGUCAAUGUGAUUUAAGGGUUUGAACCUUCAGAUAAUGAGAUUAUACUGAAUUAUCUGGGUGGGUAUGAUUUAAUCACAUGCAUCCUUAGAAGCAAAAAAAAAAAAAAUUCUUGACUGAAUCAGACUAAUGAAAUGGAAGAAGGAGUGAUUUGAAGCAUGAGAGAAUCUACACACUAUUUCUGACUUUGAAGACAGAGGUAGGCAGCCACAAGCCAAGAAAUGUCAGUGACCUAUAGAAGCCGAGAAUGGCCCUCAAUUUGUAGCCAGCAAGAAAACAGGGACUUUAGCUUUAAAAUCACAAGAAACUGAAUUCUGCAAACAAUCUGAAUAAGCAAGAAAUUGAUUCACCUCUAUAUCCCCCCGAAAGGAAUGCAGUGCCAAUACCUUGAUUUUAGCCCAGUGCGACCCAUGUCAGACAUCAGACCUACGGAACUGUAUGUAACUAAAUUGCUAUUGUUUAAGCCACUAAAUUUUUGGCCAUUUAUUACAGUUGCAGUCAAAACUAAUACAGCUUUUUGUUCUUCCUAAGUAUUCUGCCCUUUCAAGCUAUUCUUCACAGGGUGACCUUUUCAAAAACAAAUUCCACCAAAAUCUCGGGCAACAAAAACAGAAAUAAAUAAAUGAGACUAUGUGACCACUUUGUAAAGAUAUCUGCACUCCCAUGUCACUGAAGCAUUUUUCAAAUUAGUCAAGAGAUGGAACAACCUAAAUGUCCAUUUACAGACAACUGGAUAAAGAAAAUAUAUAUAUAUGUAUGUAUGUCUGUGUGUGUAUAUGUAUAUAUGUAUAUAUAUAUAUGUGUGUGUAUAUAUGCAUAUAUAUAUUCAAUGGAAUAUUAUUCAGUUUUAAAAGGAAUGAAAUCCUGCUAUUUGCCACAACAUGGAUGGACCUGGAGGACAUUAUGCUAAGUGAAAUAAGCCAGAGGCAGAGAAAGAAAUAUUGCAUGAUCUCACUUUUUUUUUCCCUUUUUUGAUGGAGCUUCACUUUUGUUGCCCAGGCUGGAGUGCAAUGGCAAGAUCUUGGCUCACCCCAACCUCCACCUCCUGGGUUCAAGUGAUUCUCCUGCCUAAGCCUCCCUAAUAGCUGGGAUUACAGAUGUGUGGCACCACAUUGGCUAAUAUUGUAUUUUUAGUAGAGACGGAGUUUCUCCAUGUUGGUCAGGUUGGUCUCGAACUCCUGACCUUAAGUGAUCUGCCCACCUUGGCCUUCCAAAGCACUGGGAGUACUGGGAUUACAGGCAUGAGCCACCACACCUGGUCAAUCUUGCUUUUAUGUGUGGAAAAAAAAAUAUAUAUAUAACAUAUAUAUAUAUAAAACAUAUAUAUGUACAUACAUGUAUGUUAAAUAUAUGUUAUAUAUACAUAUAUGUUUUAUAUAUAUAUUCCGCCUAUGUAUGGCGAAAAUACACAGAGUUAGGGAAUGAAACAGUGGUUACCAUGAAUGGAGGGGAGGAGGCAGGGAAAUAAGGAGAUGUAGGUCAAAGGCUAUAAAAUAGCAGUUAUGUAGGAUGAACAAGUUUAGAGAUCUAAGGUACAAUAUGAGCACUAAAGUUAAUAAAAUUGUCCUGUAUUAAUGGCAGCAGUGGCCCAUCUGGAGUGGCUGCUGCCAUGAUGCUGGCUGCAGUAGGGGAGGUGCUGCUGAGGCUGCAUGCUCCAUGGAGCCAGCAAGGGCUGGAAUCAGACUGGAGCUCACUCUCCUGGGCACAGCUGCAGCCACCCAAGUUGUGGAUGUGGACCUGGGCAUCUCUGCAUUCUUGGGAGCCUGGGAAGGCACCCCCCGCCGUCUCCUGUAGACCUGGAGGUGUCUGCUUCCAAUGCCUGCCCUCUCACCACUCCUGGUGCCUACUCUGAUUUUAGAGCAAGGUUGAGGCCAAGCCUUGGUGCUGUCAUAACCCAGCUGGGUGUGCACACACUCUAGGCGGCACUGAUAUGCCAUCCCCCUGCUGCCUUGACCCCUCUGGACUUUGGGCACUGACGAGCAUGGGAGGGAUGCCAAAGAAGGGCUCAGGGCAGUUUGGUGAUGAGCAUGGGAGGGAGGCCAAAGGGGCUGAGGGCAAUUUGGUGCUUGCCUACAGGUGUCCCUCGGUGUGAGCAGCCUGGGCACCAUGAACGGUGGCAGGAGGCAGACAGGCUCCUAUGUGGAAGGGUGUGGGUCCCCAGUUAAGCCCCACCUUCAAGCUAGGGAGGGUUUGAAUCCUGGGGACUGGGUUGCCAGUACUGUGAACUGAAGUAGGAAGUUGUGGUGUUUUUUCUGGGCCUGCCCAUGGCUGCUCAUGGACCACUUGGUGUGCACUUUCUCCCCUCUGAGGCCCAUAAAAGCCCUGGACUCAGCCAGACUUGAGGAGAUGAUGGGAUGGCCAGCUGUGGAGAGGAUCUACCUGCACAAGGGUCUCCUCUUUUCUGAGAGCUGAGCAGAUAACAUGACAACCUGUGUGCAGAGAGGACCUAUCCACUACAGGGUCUCCUUUCUGCUGGGAGCUGAACACUCACUGCAAUACCCUGUCUGUGGAGAGGAGCUACCCUCUGUGGGACUCCUCUGAUCUGUUCUGUCGCCCAGUAAAACUCCCCUUCACCUUGCUCACCCUCUACUUCUCUGUGUACCUCAGUCUUCCUAGAUGCAGGAUAAGAACUUAGGACUCACUGAAUGGGUCGGACUAAAAGAGCUGUAACACAAAUAGGGCUGAAAUAGGCCUCUUGUUUGCCAUGUUGUGGGUGACAAGAAGGAAAGAAGAGAGAAGGACAGAAGAGCUUCAGCCCUUCAGGAAGCCCAGACCUAGAAGCCACCCGCACCGUGACUGUGACACCCUCUUUAGGCUCGGCAGUUCCUGGUGUCUCCAAGCUUCUAGGUGCCACUGUGUUCCUCAGUGCCAGCCGUGGAAUCUGCUUGCAGUACACCUGGUCCAGCUGCAGCCUUGCAGGGAGCCAGCACCCAUGCCAGUGCCUGCAGCUGGCCAUUCCACUGCAGCCAGUAUGCCUGGCUCUAGGCAGUGGCUGGACCCCACACUCACUCACACACCCCUCACUGCUCUGUGCCUGGCUUGCCCUUGGUAGGCAUGGGGUCCAGGCCAGAAGCCUGAACUGAAUGCAGCCUUUCAGGUCAAGUGGGUGGAAUGAGUCAACAGGCCUGAGCAAAACUUGGGCAAAGGUGUCACUGUCAACAGAGGUUUCUGGCUGGUGAAGUGACACCUUAAGAAUCCCAUUACAGUAUUAGGAAUUUUUGUUAGGUAGAUUUUUGCUGCUUAUGUCACAAAGCAGCAAAAAUGCUUAAACAUGUAAGAUGCUUAAACAUGUAAGAUGCUUAAACAUGCAAGAUGAUAGAUAUGUUAAUUUGCUUCACUAUAGUGACUAUUUUCUAUCUGUAUUCUAUAACAUCAUUUUGUAAACUUCAUAUAUACACAAUAAAAUUGGUUAAAAAACACACAAAAAAUUAUAUCAGGUGACUUCCCAGUUUAAACUUUCCAUUGUACUUAGAGUAAAACCAAGCUUUUUUAUAUGGUGUAGAACCUCUUCAUGAUCUGGCCCCUGCCAGUUUCUCCAGUCCCUCCUGGAGUUGCAUCCUCUUCUGUCUCACUGGCCUUUCAAUUCUCUUAACUUGUUAAGCAGUUUCAUACCCAAAGGUUAUCACAGAUGCUGGUAUUUUGCCUGGAAUACCUUCCCCUGCCCUCCGUAUGCAGACCUCUUCUCAUUCUUCAGAUAUCAUCUUAAGUGAUGCUAAUUAUAUGAGUAUCUCAUAAGUUAUGUUAGUAUCAUUUAAGAUACUGUGAUGUCCUGAUGUAAUAUGAUAUUAGAGACACCACAAUACCUGGUGCAGUGUCUGGCACAUAGUAGGUAAUCAAUACAUAGUUACUUUCAAUGAAAUGCUUAUAGACAAUUUUUCCCCCCUAGGGAAAUGGUUUCAGGUCCCAUAAAUUUGGAAAAUUUGAGAUUAAAUGAAGUUAAGGUUUCUUUACUGUGGGACUUUUCUGGGAUUUUAAUAUGCUAACAUAUUAUCCCUUGUUAAUGGAUUAUCAAUCUUUAAAUGGGGUUGUUGUUUGUAGCUUUUCUUUUACUUAUUUGACCUGGAGAUUCUUUUUUUGAGAGGAGUAUCUCUUAGCACUGAUAUUUUGUGGUAUGAAAUUCAGGGAAUGCCAAUGUAGUUCAAGGUUCUUACUUUACAGUCAAAGAAACUGAGGCCCAGGAAGAAUCACUGACUUGUUUAAAAUUACACUGUGAGCCUUUGUAAGAGUUGGGUCUUUCAUGAAGGUCUAAACACUUAAGAAUGUCUGUGGCAUCUUUGAAUGAUUAGCCAAGCCAAUAGGGAAACUUUUGUUUAGAGUAAAAUUAUAGAUGAGAGGUUAGAGAAGAGAGUAUCAAAGAAUUUGGCCUCCUUUAGAAAUUGCCAUUUCUAAUAAAAAUACCACAACAAAGUUUUUCAGACCCCAUAAUUUAAAAAUGCUACCAUGUCCCCUCACUCAAAACAAAAAUUUAUACAAUUUAGUUUCCUACAGCUGCCUGAAAUAGGAAGGAACCAGGCAAGAAGCAUAAAGGAAAGUUUGGCAUUUAUUUACUGACCUGAUUGCUGUUUUUGUGGGAAUUUUUGUGUGGGAAUGGAUUCUGAGAGUGUGUGAGAGUAGAUUUCAUAUGUUCAACCUCAGUAUUGGUUGAAUAUGAAUAAGUGCUUGGCUUUGGAAUCCUGCAUCUGUGGGUUAGAAACACUCCUCCAUCUGGUAUGACAUUUAGCACAUUAUACCAAACCUCCCCAAGCAUCUAUUUUCUCAUCUGUAAAUAUGAGUAAUAUUAAUUCCACCCCAUAGAGUUGUUGAGAUGAGAUGAUGCAUGUAAAGAGCUCAGCACAUUGCCUCACACCAACACACAUUAUAAAAGAGAGUAUUAUAGGAGAAAGGAGUUCAGUUGUGCCAAUGAGUGUUUGAGGGAUUUGUGAAAAUACUGAGAUAUGUUUCAAGCUUGCUUAAUGAAGUCCAUUAAUUAAUUUGAGAUUUCCUGGUGAGACUGUGCAGAAUUUGUAAACUUCUGACUUGUUUUGAAAUACCAAAUAAGAAAAAAUGGAGUCCACAUCCAUUUUUUUAUUCAGUUCACUUCUUGGUCACUUAGGAUUUUGCUCACAGAUCUGGAAUAAGAUAGUUUGACCUAGUGUAGCACAGAUACACACUGGCCAUGAAUUAAUAAGCAGUGUAGUCAAAAUCUUGUAUUACUUCUGGGUUUACAUGGUGUGCUUGGCAAAACAGCCAUUAGUAUGAUCCUUUUGAGGCUUAUCUUUCAGCUUUGUUAGGACAGGUGUUGUAGAGUACCUUUACUAGGGCUAUAGUGGUUUUCCUCUUAAGGUAUGGUCUUUCUAGGGUCUGUGGAAUGCUCAUAGAGUGUUUACUGAGGCUGCCACUGAGGCUGAAAUUUGAACAUUUCCAAGUCCUGGGGGACCUCUGAUAGUUGUUCAGCCCACAGCUCCCCUGUAGUCCUUUCCUUGGCUUAAUGUAGUCUUGUUUAACAUCUGUUGCUUAGUAUUCAGCCAAAGACUCAAGGAUCUCCUAUGCAGAUUCCUGGAUCUCUUAUCCAUUCAUUUGUAGCACUUUUCUCAACUUGGAAUUAUGUAUUUGUACAAACAGAUUACAUAGCCCCUUUCUAUUCUAUACCAUGUCCUAUGAAUUCCAGUUGUCCCAGUGCACUGAAUUCUGAUCUUUGUUUCAUCAGCAUCCGAUACAGAGUUCGUAAAGUACUUCUAGGCUUGCCUUGUUUGUUUUCCUUCUCUCAGGAAUCAGAUUUUGUCCAUUGUAUGACAUCUGAAAACAGUUAUUUCUCAUGUCUUGUCAAGUUUUAUGGUUAAGAGGAAAAGUUUCUCUGUGUGGCUAGAAACAGAAGUCCUUUCCCACCUCUAGUCUCCAUUACUUUACCAUAGGGCCUCUACCUUUAAGAGUACUCCCUGGCUGGGCAUGGUGGCUCACGCCUGUAAUCUCAGCACUUUGGGAGGCCAAGGAGGGCAGAUCACAAGGUCAAGAGUUCGAGACCAUCCUGGCCAAUUGGUGAAACCUCAUCUCUACUAAAAAUACAAAAAUUAGCUGGGCAUGGUGAUGUGGUAGCAGGUAUCUGUAGUCCCAGCUACUCGGGAGGCUGAGGUAGGAGAAUUGCUUGAACCCUGGAGGUGGAGGUUGCAGUGAGCCAAGAUGGCACCACUGCACUCCAGCCUGGUGACAGAGCCAGACUCCGUCUCAAAAAAAAAAAAAAAAUUUCGCCCUAUCUCCACCCAUAUGACUAUUAUGUAUACAUAAAAAUUAAAAAUUAAAUAAAAGAUAAAUCUAAGAUAAAAAGGAACCCCCCCCCCCAGUACUGUAGUGGCCUAUGUGUUGGGCUCAUUUCUGAUCAACCUUGAUUUUAAACAACUUAUUGGUUGUUCAUAUUGAUUAUAACUGAAAUCACAGGAUCACACAGAACUCUUAUUUUCUUUAAUCACAAACACAUUAAUUAUAAUAGAAUAAGCUAAUGAUCUAUUUCUAUGCCAAUUUCUUCAGUAUAAUUUGAAGUGAAAAGUGAUAACAUAUUGACAUCUUUCAUAAAGACAUAUCAAGAAUGGUCUCUCUUCCUAUAAUAUGACUAAGUGAAGAACAUUGCAAUAAAAUAUGAUUUAAAGGGCUCAUAGACUUUCAGUCAUUUUUUUGCAUAAUAUAGAAAAUAUAAUAUAAAAAUUGAAAAAUUUCAAGAAAAAUAAUUAGUUUGUUUUUCUUCUGGGUAGGAGAUAGGAGCCCACUGGUGAGAAGAUGUUCAUUAGUAAGUUUUUGCAGCAAAGAAUGUUUGCUGGUAUUAGUAAAGAGUGUUUAUCUUUGCUUGCAAAUGAUAUUGCCUAUAUCAUGAAUAAUUAUGAGAAGAACACAAAGGAAAAUUCCACAAUGUAAAUUUGCACAAUUAUUUCAGUUCCUUGUUUCAAAUGUCUACUGCCUAUUAAUUCAGAUGCCAUGAUUUUCUUUUCUUCUCAAUGAUUAUUUUGACUUGGAUAACUUUGGAAAAGCAUUUGAAGGGGGUUAAUACAUCUUUGUUUUAUGACUGGAUUGUGGAUUUACUGACUUCAGCCUUCUUUAAGGCCCUGAACUUUGAGAAUUUCAUAUCCAUGUGUAACUUCAAAUAAUCUUUUUUUAAAAAUUUUAUUUAUUUUUUUAUUGCAUUUUAGGUUUUGGGGUACAUGUGAAGAACAUGCAAGAUAGUUGCAUAGGUACACACGUGGCAGUGUGAUUUGCUGCCUUCCUCCCUUUCACCUAUAUCUGGCAAAUAAUCAUUAAAAAACAAACUGCUUUGAUUUUUUUUUAUUCUUUAGCGUGUAUAACUUUAUUAUGCUAAUUGUCAACAUAAUAAUAUUGCACCACUAUCUUGGUUGAUAAGUGGUUGAUAUUAUUCUUCUUUUACAGAGGAGAAAUCAGAGGUAUGGAAGGAUUCUGUGAUUUGCCUAGAGUUAUCCAUAGACAAUUCAGUCUAUGGAUAGACUGAAGACUGGAACUGAAGACUUGGGUCUACUAGAAAAAUCUAUUUCUACUAGAAAUUGAUUGUGGUUUGAACUCUGUUCUCAAUUUAGGGUCAGUUCCUUACUUUGGCCUCGUUUUUCUUAUUUUUAUUAAGUAAAAUGCUGGGGUAGAAUAGAUGAGCUGUCAGAUUUUUUCAGCUUUGAAAUUCUGUGGUCAUUUGACUCCCUUUGGCUUUAUCUCACAGUGCAUUGCUUUCUUUAGCUUUCAUCUGGACAUACCUGGAUUACAUCUCAUUUUUAUUUCUCUACUUCUACUUGUGCCUUAAUGGUAUAUUAUUUUCCCUGUAAGUAGUUUUACUGAAGAAGUAAAAAGGCAUUUAACCACCUAGCAUACAAUAACGCUGUGAUUUAGGAACCAUCUCACUGAUUUUCUUACUGUUAUUUUAAUAUUUUAUUAUUGUGUUAUAUAGUACUUUUAUAACAAAUUUACCUAUUGCAUAGUUUAAAGUAAUCAGCCAUCACUAUAUUUUUAAAUAAGCUGGACUUCAGGUCCUAAGAUACUCACCAUUGUUUGAUUUUACUGCUAAUCCCAUGUGUGAUCUUGGGUCUCAUACUGGCCUUUAUUUUUCGUUUUUGUUUUUUUGAGACAGGGUCUGUCUAUGUUGCCUACACUGAUCUGGAACUCCUGGGCUCAUGUGAUCCUCCCACCUCAGUCUCCUGAGUUGCUGGGGUUACUGGUGCAUGCCACCAUUCCUGGCUACCAUAUUAGCCUUAUUAUAAUACAAUGAGGAAAGAUUAUCAAUAAUUUAUCUUCCUCACAAAGGCAUGGUGAUACAACACAAAACUAAAUAAUACUAAUUCCCAUGAUGGUUUUAUACUCCAGAGCUUAAGGACAUAAGUGUUGAAGCAUUUCAAGAUAAAAUAUGUACUUCAAAGUUUUCAAAAUAAUUUAAAAAUAGAAUUUGAAAUAGUGAAGGAAAGACUAUUGGAUCUUUCAACUGGGUUAUGAAAUGCAUACCAAAGUUUGGGCUUUUUGGAGCCCAUUUCCAGACUCCUCUGUGACUGGUAAGUCUGUAAUUUGCUAUUAAAAUGUUGCAAUUUCAGUUUUCGACAGUUAAGCUAUAAAUUGCUGAGAUCUGGGAUAAAUGGCCAAUUAUAUUAGAACAAAUGUCUAUUGUUUUAUUGGAAGAGGGAGAGAGUUCACUGUACUACUUACUAACAGUGAUUAUUUAAAAUUUUUCUCCAGGAGAAAAAGUCCAUGCCACAUUUGUGGAAAUGGUUAAGUGACCACAGUAACAAAGAAUCUAGGGAUGAUUUAGUGCAGAUCAUCAUGCAGGCUUCCCAGCAUGUGCAUUUUAAACAGUAUUGUGUUGUCUCCAAGUUUGCCAGAGUGUAAUCUGUGAGCAAUUCAGGCAAAAUCAGAAUCAGAAACCUAGGAGAGUAAUAUUGGUUUAGAAUUUUCAAGCAAAAGACUUUGGUUUGGGUUUGUUACGUCUGGAACCAAAAUGUCACAUGUGGCAUACAUCAUUUAAAGUUUAUUAUUUUAACCUUAGACCUCCUUGUUUAAAAUUUAUGCUGUUCGGUGCCCGGCACGCCGCUGCCAGUGCUGCUGGCUCCGUGCUAUGGAUGCCCCAGGGGCCCCGGUCCCGACCGCCGCCCCCGACCCGGGCAGGAAGGAGCUGAAGAUCGUGAUCAUGGGCGACGGCGGCUGCGGCAAGACCUCGCUGCUCAUGGUGUACAGCCAGGGCUCCUUCCCCGAGCACUACGCCCCGUCAGUGUUCGAUAAGUACACGGCCAGCGUGACAGUUGGCAGCAAGGAGGUGACCCUGAACCUCUACGACACGGCCGGGCAAGAAGACUGUGACCGGCUGCGGCCCCUGUCCUACCAGAAUACCCACCUCGUGCUCAUCUGCUAUGACGUCAUGAACCCCACCAGCUAUGACAACGUCCUCAUCAAGUGGUUCCCUGAGGUCACGCAUUUCUGCCGUGGGACCCCAAUGGUGCUCAUCGGCUGCAAGAUGGACCUGAGGAAGGACAAGGAGCAGCUGCGGAAGCUCCGGGCUGCCCAGCUGGAGCCCAUCACCUACAUGCAGGGCCUGAGCGCCUGCGAACAGAUCCGAGCUGCUCUCUACAUGGAAUGUUCCGCCAAGUUUCGGGAGAAUGUGGAGGACGUCUUCCGGGAGGCCGCCAAGGUGGCUCUCAGUGCUCUGAAGAAAACACAGCGGCAAAAGAAGCGCCGGCUCUGCCUGUUGCUGUGACCCAGGGCAGACGGCCCUCAAGACAGCACUGACAGGGCCCGGGACCCCAGGGGCCAACUGCACUGGGAGGCCGCCCCAUCCUAACCCUCCAGCUCCUGUUGUCUGGGGCCUGUGGCUAGACUCUUGGAACAUUCAAGAACUCUCUCCUUUCCUGACUGGGGCUCUGACCACAAACUCCCCUCCAGGCUCCCCACUGGGGUGCAGUGGUGAUGUGGGUACAGGAGCCAGUGUCUAUCCUCAGGACUCAAAGUGCCCUCAUCACAGCUGCCCCCGCCACGAGGGUCUCCCCAGUGCAAACCCAAGUUAUGCUUAGAAUGAACAGUCCAUCUGGUAGUUGG